CUGCCGCCGAAACCUCCCACCCAAAAAAAAAAAAAAAACGAGAGAGAGAGAGAAAAAAAAGGCGAAUAAUUCCGCUGUUGCUUCGCUGCCUUUUGCCUUCUUCCUCCUCCUCUCCACCACCACCGCCACCGGCCGACGCAUCUCCGAUUCGAUUUCGCCUUCCCACGAAUCUAUCUCCCCCCGAGUCCCCAGCGAGAUGGCCACGUCGUUCGACCGCUGGGAGAAGGACCCCUUCUUCCCGGCCGCCGAGGAGGUGCAGGAGUCCGCCGACCGGAUGGAGUCGGUGUACAGGAGGUGGUUGCAGGAGAGGAAAGAAGUAGGUGGCGGCGCGGUGGAGACGGCGGCGGAACGUGGUGGUGGUGGAUGGGGGCGAGCCGCUGGGGAUCUCCGCCGCGAGCUGCACACGGCGCUCGGCACCGCCAAGUGGCAGCUUGAUGAGUUGCAGCGGGCUAUUAAAUCAAAUUAUAGUGUUGUGUUAGCUGGCAAAGAUACUAGAGCUCGGCAUGAUGACUUUGUUUCAGCCAUUGGGCAUCGUAUCCUAGAGGUGGAGAAGUUCUUGAAAGAAUCCAAUACUACUGAAGGGCGUGGCCCUCUUAGCUGGGUUCGCUUGGAUGAGGGUGAACGUGAAGAGUUAGCUCAUUUCCUUUCAGCAGGAACUUAUCAAAAACGUGAUGAGGUGGUUACAAUUACAUCUGCUGGUGACAUUGAGGUUGGUAGCAAUGCAAGAAGGGUGAAAAAGGGUGUUUCAAUUGAUAGUUCGAAUGAUUCUUCGGGCUCAGCAGAGUCAGGUUUAGUGUCAACUAAGGAGGAGACAGCUCCAGGUCAUAGGAGAACGGCAAGUGCCUAUGCUGAUAUUGGAUCAUGGACUAUUACAAUUCCUGAUGAGGCCAAUGGCAUCGAUGAACAAUCAUUUGAUGAUCUGCCCAAGGUACCUUUGGUUAAGAGCCCUAGCUCUUCUGUAUUAAUGAAUGCCUUCCAAUCAAAGACAAGAAUGAAGACAAAGAAUGGAGCCAAGAAGUUGGCUGGAGCUGACCAACAGGAUGUUGUGGAAACUCUUCCUCUGACAAAUUCUCGCUCGUGCCAGGGGUUUGAUGGGUUGUUUCAAAGAAGCAAAAGUUGCUUGAGCACCUCUGAUGAUGAGGAUAACUGCAAUAAGAAACUUUAUGGUUGCCUUGGUGCAUUCCGUCGGCUACUUCAGAGGUCUCAGUAUCAAGUUCAAUAUGGACGUCCUAUUCAGUUACUUAUCCUAGCAAUUGUUGUUUUACUAGUCUUAAUUUAUGCCAUGAAGGCAAUUUUGUGACUUUUUUGAUCAACUAGUGUCUCACGAUUGACUUGCACUUCUUCAUCAGCAGUCUGUAAGGUGUAUGACAAUUCAUAGCUGAUGAAACUAAAAGGGGAAGUGGUAUUGUUUCUCUAGCUAGUUGAAUGCCAGUGACAGUGAACACUGUUUUGUAUGUUCGAAGGGAUUCUAUCAUAACUCGCAAGAUUGUCUUGGCUAUGAAGAAACAACCUGACAUGGGAAGCACAACAUUUAGCAACCCAAUAUAGCAAAAUCAGUGAAGGAUUGAUUGUAUGGACCGGCAGAUCAUUUCGUGUGCCUUAAGCCCAGAGGAACUGAACAAUCAUCUUCAUAUACCAGUUUUGCUGAUGCUGCAUCUGCAACAUUUUAAACAGUCUGGUGCAGUACUGCAGCCUUGUUAACCUGUGCAAUUCAGCAGUACAUAGAGCUAGAAUGCUGAUGCUACAACUGGCAAACAACAGUUUUGUGCACGCAGCUGUGGGGUUUGCCUGGAUAAUUGAGUGGCAUCUCCAUGUACUGUAUUCCAAUUACUGAUGUCUCAAGUAUAGUGCUAGGUGGCAUGAACUUUGCGGAAGAAUUUGAGUACCUAUAUUUUGAUGCUAUAGAUUGGCUUGGAGAAGGCUGAAAAUUCAUCUAUUAACACAAGUAUCGCAAGAGCUGCAGGACUACAGGUCUUGCAGCCUGUACAGAUGGUUGUGUUUUGUACACUAGAGGUGCAGUUUAGAAGAACAGAAAAAUUCUUCUGUUCUUAGACAUUGGAGUAACUUUUACCACACGAUUGGCUUGUAACCUGUAAAUAACUACUGCUUCAAAUGAGCACCUGUUCUUACAAAUUUGAUAAUGUUGGGUGUCGGUCUGCACUGCAACAUCCAAAAAACCUUUGUAAGUAAGCACAUGUCAACAGCUUGAAAUUCAACAUACUUCUGAUAAAA